AUGACCCCUCACUUCGUGUUAUGUCAAGACAGACCUACCAUUAUAAGUCCAGAAGGAAAGGAAUUGAUUAAAAAUGCUGGUGAACCUAUACAAUUUUCUUGCACAGGUUCUAAGAAAAUUUUUUUUUACUAUCCAACGAAUUACGGAUCCGACGAGGAAGGUUCCAUGAAGGUUAUAUCAUCGAAAAUAGAAGUAAGCGAAAAUAAUACAAAUUUUGGAAGUACAUACAAUUUUUCUCGACGUAAAUCCGUACCUGGUGAUACGGGUUGGUAUGGUUGUUCUUAUCAYAAUCGAACRAUCACUCKAAAGGAUUAUGAUGAUCCCGAAUUUAGUUGGGUCUACGUUUACGUUGAUUCACCUAACAGUUCAUUUGUCGAAAAUGUGGUCAAAAUUAUAAAAGGAGUAACCGGUAAUAUGGCUUUGAUACCAUGUCGACCAACUUUGCCAAAUUUGCAAGUUACUUUGUACAAUCAUUGGGAUAUGGUUAUCGAUGUAGAAGAUAAUAUCUCAUACGAUCCUAAAUUUGGAUUUCAAAUGGACGAUCUUAGUUUGCAUGACAGUGGACUUUAUACAUGUUCAAUUACGAGAAAUGAUAAAACGUACGACGUCAUUUAUCGUUUGGUUGUUUUUACCAAAGUGAGUAAACCAAAAAUCAUAAUGGAUACAUUGAGACACGUGACUUAUGGUCAAACAUUGCAUGUCAAUUGUACGAUUGAUUUGGAUGUACAAGUAAUACCAUAUCAAUUUAAAUGGGUACUACCAAAUGAUAAUAAACGAAUAAGUCAACAUCUGGAAAUCGAAUGGAUUGAAUGGAGUUUAUUAACCCUGACCAGAGAAAUGAUCAUACAGAAUGUGAUGAAAGAAGAUGAGGGAGAGUAUGAGUGUAUAAUUAAUACUCAUGAAUCUUCUAACAGUGCGAAGAUGAAUUUAACGAUACAUGGUUAGUUUCUACUUUCACUGUAAAAUAAAAUAUAAUAAAAUAGAACAAAUUAGUAAUUAAUAAAAAUAAUAAAUAA